UCAAAAUUUCUUUUUCAAAAUCGAAAAUUAUGUUUGAAACUAUUUUUUAAAAUUUUUAAUAUUUUUAAUAUUUUUAAGUAUUUAUUUAUAUAUUUAUUAAAAUCCUAAAUUUCACAUUCCAAAAAGUAUAUUUCAGCCCUCAACUCUAAACCUUAAGUUUAGAUUAGUUAACCCUAGAAAUAUAACUGUCUUUUACCUUUCAUUUAAAAUAAAUGUAAAAUUGAUUAGUAUAAACAUAAAAAGUGGCACUAUGAAUGUGGUAUUUGUGGCAAUUUUCCUUUUAUCUAUAACAUAAUCACAAUCAAUCAUAUUAAAAUGAAAUUAUUAUGUUGAUCUAAAUAUUUUAACAAUAUCUUAAUUUUCAAAAAGUUUAAGUAUAUAUAUAUUCACUAAUUUCUUAAUUAGUAAUGAGAUAUUAUUAUGCAAUGAUGUUAAAAUUAUUAUAUUGAACUAAAUAUCAUAAAAGUGUAUUAAAUUGAUAAAUUUAUAAAUUUUAGCUUCAUUUAUGUUAAAAAUUCUAAUAUGAUGACAUGACGGCCUAACAUUAGCAGAAUAUAUAAUACACAUAUAAAAAUUAACAUAUCUUAAGCUUUUGUAAUAAAACAAAAUAUUAUGUAAAAUGAAUUAAUGUAAAAAAUAUUGCUAAAAGAAAAUCCAUUUUUGAAGGGCAAGUAAAAAUUUAAUAUAAAUUCAAUACAAAAUAAUUUUCAAAUAUAGUUUUUCAUGCACAUAUUUUUUUAAUAACUUAAUGCAAAUACUAUAAGAUAAAUAUAUAAUAAAAAACAAUAAAUACAUGUACUAGUUUUAAACAAUUAGUUAUUUAUAACAUGUAAAAUAUAAUUUAUUGUAUUUUAAAUGGUUAUAUAAAUAUUUAAAUAUAUGAUUAAAAUUAAAAAUGUAUACUAGUAAUAAUCUAAAAUAAAUAUAUAUGCAUAUAAAACUGAAAAUAACACCGACGCGGUUGCGCAGGUCAAGAUGUAGUAGAUUAUUAAAAUAACAAUAAGCUAUGUGCAGACCAUAACAUACUGCAAAGAACAAGAAAUAAAAGUUAAGAAAGUGAUGGAAAUUUAUUUUAAAAAAGUGGAGGAAUAAAGUAAUUUAAACUAAAUAAAAAUGUGGAUAUACCCUUAAGAUGCCUCAGACUAAGCUUCUCCGAUCUCAUCUAUAAAUUUCCAAAGUCUGUGAAACCACAAUCACAUUCACAACCACUUCUCCCUACCUCAUCCUUCUCUUUUGCCAACGUUAACAUAACUUCACGGUAAGAUUACUCACAGCUUAUUGUAUCUUCAUAGAACUUUCGCAGACACACACACAUAUAUAUAUGUAAGAGAAAGAAACAAAAAAUAUAUAUAUAUAAGAGAAAUUUAUAUAUAAUUAAAAAAAUUGUUUGCACUCGCUUAAAACUAUUUGAUUGUGUAUAUUAUAAUUACCUCAGAUUUAAAAAAAAUUCAUCUUAAGUUUUGAUUAUAUUAUCAUUUAUGAAAAAUACAGUACAUACAAUAACAAACAAAAAAUACACAGUAUUAACUUUUGUAACUGCACGUAAACAGGAGAGACAAGAGAGGCUAAUAAGAUGGCUGAACAACAACUAGGAGUGCUGAAGGCACUCGAUGUUGCGAAAACGCAACUUUACCAUUUCACGGCGAUCGUCAUCGCCGGUAUGGGUUUCUUUACAGAUGCUUAUGAUCUGUUUUGCGUCUCCUUGGUGACCAAGCUUCUUGGCCGCCUCUACUACUUCAAUCCGUUGUCAGAAAAGCCUGGUUCACUUCCCCCUCAUGUUGCGGCGGCGGUCAACGGUGUGGCCCUUUGUGGAACCCUUGCUGGUCAGCUUUUCUUUGGAUGGCUGGGUGACAAGCUCGGAAGGAAAAAAGUGUAUGGUAUCACUUUAAUCAUGAUGAUUUUGUGCUCCGUAGCUUCGGGUCUCUCCUUCGGAAACAAAGCCAAGGGUGUCAUGACCACCCUUUGCUUCUUCAGGUUUUGGCUGGGAUUCGGUAUUGGAGGUGAUUACCCUCUUUCUGCGACCAUUAUGUCUGAAUACGCUAACAAGAAGACUCGUGGUGCUUUCAUCGCUGCCGUGUUUGCUAUGCAAGGUGUUGGUAUCUUAGCCGGAGGUUUCGUGGCACUUGCUGUCUCUUCCAUUUUCGACAAAAAGUUUCCAGCUCCGACCUAUGCAGUCAACAGGGCUCUCUCAACGCCUCCACAAGCUGACUAUAUUUGGAGAAUCAUCGUCAUGUUUGGCGCUCUACCUGCAGCUUUGACUUACUACUGGCGUAUGAAGAUGCCCGAAACUGCUCGUUACACCGCUUUGGUUGCAAAGAACAUCAAACAGGCCACACAAGACAUGUCCAAGGUCUUACAAGUGGAGCUUGAGAUGGAGGAAAGAGCAGAGGAUAUCGUUAAAGACCCUAGACUUAACUAUGGCUUGUUCUCCAAAGAAUUUGCCAAACGUCAUGGUCUUCCCCUCCUUGGAUGUACCUCCACAUGGUUCUUGCUUGACAUUGCAUUUUACAGCCAAAACUUGUUUCAAAAAGAUAUCUUUUCAGCUAUUGGAUGGAUCCCAAAGGCAGCAACCAUGAACGGAAUCCACGAGGUUUUCAUGAUUGCUAGGGCACAAACACUCAUUGCACUUUGCAGUACCGUCCCCGGCUAUUGGUUCACGGUUGCAUUUAUUGAUAUUAUGGGAAGGUUUGCGAUUCAGCUAAUGGGUUUCUUCAUGAUGACCGUCUUUAUGUUUGCGAUUGCCUUCCCUUACGACCACUGGAUCAAACCGGACAAUCGUAUUGGUUUCGUGGUUAUGUACUCUCUUACCUUUUUCUUUGCUAACUUUGGUCCAAACGCAACCACCUUCAUCGUACCGGCUGAAAUCUUCCCAGCCAGGCUAAGGUCCACAUGCCACGGAAUAUCAGCCGCAACAGGCAAGGCCGGAGCCAUCGUGGGAGCUUUUGGUUUCCUAUACGCAGCUCAACCACAAGACAAGACCAAGACAGAUGCAGGAUAUCCACCGGGCAUCGGAGUCAAGAACUCUCUGAUCAUGCUUGGUGUCAUUAACUUUGUCGGUAUGCUCUUCACCUUCCUUGUCCCUGAACCCAAAGGAAAGUCCCUUGAAGAGCUCUCCGGUGAGACUGAGGUUGAGAAGUGACCACGCCGUAAUAUUUUCAAUUGUAUGUGUUAUUUGUUUGUGUCAUUCUUCUUAUAUUUGUUUACUUUUUGUGAUGUGUGACGUGAUAAUCGUAAUGGCACCCAUGCUUUUGUAUAAUUCGAUCAAUUCUCAAAGAAAUGAUAAGAAGUAAACAUUUGUAUAAAUUGAUUCUCUUUAGUUUGUUACUUAUAAAUCUGUUACUAGUUUCUUUAAUACCGCGUAGAUUAUAUUAUAAGAAAAGUGAAUAUUUACAACUUAUAAAUUAACCAAUUUUUUUUUAAACAAACAGUUGAGCCAAACUGCAGUUUUUAACUAAAUACUCUACCUUACCCCUGUUCUUUUCUCCGACGCUGCGAUUAGCGGCGGCGUCAAAAAAAAUGCACUACAAUGUUCAGUGCUUUUGACGCCAUGGUUACAGAUGUAAGACGCAGCGGUGCCUUUUUGCCCGUAAUCUCAAGAGACCGUUGACGCUACAAUUUUCAGCGUCUGAUUUAUUUUUUAUUGUUGGCCGCAGCUGCUGAAAAGAAGUUGUUUUUCUACCGUCAGUCGUGAAUUUGCCAUGGGAAUAGAUGUGGUUAACGCUGAUCGCAGCGUCAGACAAAAGAACUGGGGUAACUUAUUAUUCACAAAAGAAAAUUGUAUACUCAUAAAUAAACCUAAUUUAGUGAUGUGUUAUUUUCAAUUGUUAAUCAAUUUUCAAUUGUUUUAUAAUAUAUAUGUAUGAAUAUAUAUAAUAUUACUUUUAAAUAAAAUUAUGUUGCUAUCUCAUUUUAAUAUGUGAUUUAACCAUUUAAAUUGGCUCAAUUUUUUAUUUUUGGUAUAUUAUAUUUUAUAUAAUUUUCAGCUAAAGCAUAAUUUAUCCUGGUUUUGAAUAUAUUAAAAUUAGAUUAUAGGGUUAAUUUAAUUAGAGCUGCACUAAUCAAUAUAAUCAAGGAUAUUCUAAAUAAUCAUAAUCAUAUUGAAAUAUAAAUAACUUAAUCAUAAUAUUUAAUUAAUGUUUUGCUUUCACGAAUUAUAAAAUUUAAGAUGAUUAUAAGUUCUAUAUUUAAAAAUUAAAUAGAAUUUUUAAUUAUACGGUUAACUUAGUUUUUUUAACAACAAACAUCUAUUCAAUUAGUCAAACUUGAAGUGGACUGGGUAAUCAGAACGAAAUAGAAUAAUCAAUGACACAAAACUCUCUAUGGAAAAACCUUGCAGUGCUAACUAAAUAAUCAGAAAUUCUAUUUUUCCUCUUUAAGUCCGGAAAGCAUAUCUGAAGAGUAUUUACCUCCUCCAAUUCUGUUGCGAAACUUGGCAUGCAUGAUGAUACUUUAAAAUUUCAAUCAAAUCCUUACAAUUUGUUCCAAAUAUUUGAUAUGUCGAACAUUGAAUCAUGCUCUUCAUAGCCCAUUGAAAUUCUUUUACUUCUGUAUGCAAAACAACUUCAUGCCUUCUUAAGUUACACGUCCCCAAAAGUUGAAUCUUCCUCGAACUGUCUAUCCAAACCCAUUCACAUCUACUGAACUGAGCUGUAGAGGUCCGUGAGCCUUUUAACUUAAUUUGACAUAUAAUUUUAGCCUUUUAGAUAGAAGAUAUCAUGCCAAUUUGAUUAUUUACUUUAAAACAUAUUUAAUUACAACAAUUCAGUAAAAUUGAACUAACUAUUUUUCUUGGUUCUAAUUAUGCCAAAAUGUGAGUAAUUUUGUUAUUUUCAUUUUGUUUGGUUAUUCAUCUUACAUUUGUAAGUUUCUUUAUAAAUUUUUAUAUAAUUUGUAUAAUUUGUCUAAAACUAACAUUAGAAAAAGAAGAAACUAAAAACAGAAAUCAUUUCUCCUAAUCUUUAAAAUUAAAUAAUUAGUAAUUUUUAUUUUGAAAAGAAAAUUAUAAAUGUUUGUAAUCCGCAAAUAUUUUGUAAAUAAAAAUCUCAUAAUUAUUAAAAGUAUAAAAUAAAUAAUAUAUUUUGUAUGUAUAAUUUAUUAUAUAUACAUACAUACAUAUAUAUCAAACAAUAUUUUAAAGGUAAUUACUUGUUGAACUAAUUUUAAUAAUCCAGUAUACAUGUAUUAUUGAAUUUUGAAAAAAAAACUAACGUAAGAAUUGUUCAUAAAAAACAUUCCAAAUAAAUUUAAACAUAUAUAUAUAUAUAUCCCAUAUUUUUAUUUUAAAAUAAAUAAAUAAAUAUCUAUAAAAAUAAAAUGAAAAUUUUGAUAAUAGGACUUAGAUAAUAAGUUUAAUUUAUUAAGGUUAUGAGCAUAAUUCACCAUCCAAGAAUUAACGUAAGUGUAACAUGUCGAAAAUUGACUUCUCAAAUAAUAUUAUAAAGAUAUGUUUUUUUAAGAGUUAUUCUACAAUUGUAUACAUAUUAAAAAUUAGCAGAGUAACUAUAUCUUAUAUUUAAUAUUCUAAAUAGAAUUUUCUUUCUAACUUUCAUAUUAAAUUAAUAAAACUAAAACAGGAUUUUCUUUGAACUACGAAUUAAAAUACAAAAUGAUACUUGUGAAGUAGAAUUCAAAAUUUAACAGCUCGUUUUGUGAAAUGGAUAGAGUAAUUACUUAAAAGGCGUAUUUACUUUUUCCACCCUUUUUUUUUUUACUUUUCCCACCUUCUUGGAUAAUAAUCCACAAGAAUAUAGAAAAAAGAUAUCAGGUAUAACUAGAAAAAUGUAAUUACUCGACUAUGAUAGUUGCGCGGAAUAACUUGAUUCAUAACAAUGCCUCUCUUUCUCCUUCCUCUGUUUUCAGGGCUAUUGAUAGGGAGAUAAGAAAUGUAAUCUCCUCUAGGAGAUCCACAAAGCAGUUUACCUCUCUAAUGGUGCUGUGGUUAGUUUAAAGCUUUUGCUGUCCUUUGCAUAGGAUGUUCUUGAUUCAUCUUGUUUUUUCCUUUCUUUUUGCCAAGAUGUAUCAAAACUUAAGGUUUUGUUCUUGUAAAAUCUUUCUUUCAUUUAUAUGAUAUUUACAAUUUAACCCAAAAAAAAUGAUAGUUGCACGGCUGCACUAAUCAUAAAAUAUUAUCACGCAACACACUGGCGUUUUGGCCAUUGAUGUUUUGAUCGCUACAGCUAUCAAAAUACUCCACAUAUUUGCUAUACCUUAACUGUAAAACAGUUUUGACUAAUAUUAAUGUGGAGUAUAUACUCUGAUGCAAAUAACAUAUAUAUAAAAUACGUAGGCCACAGCUUGCAAACGUAUCCAGUAACCGGUCCGGUAUGUAUAUAUGUUCAACAUAUAUCGGUUUUUAUUUUAUAGAUUAGUUUCUGUGCUCUUUUUAUUUAUUUGUAAAAUAGCUGACUUCUAUAGAAAAUGAUGUUUUUAUUUAUUUGUGAUAUAUGUAAGUACCUUUCAAAACAAUAGAACAAAGAAGGUGGACUUUAGUACGGAGAUACGUGAUACGUGAUACGUGAUACGUGAUAAGAUAACUUCUUAGAUGCUUUCCACAUUUCCAGUAAAGGAAGUGGUAAAGAACAGAAAAUUGUAACAUGUUUCCACGACAUCUUCUUAUAAGGAAAGUCAACUAGUUUUUCAGUAAUUGUUAGAAUAAAAAUCAAAUACGCUUUGUGGAAAAAAACACAAUCAGAAUACCUUUUACAAUGUAAUUGAAAAUACCAAAAUAAAAUACUAAACUUGCCGGUAAUUACAAAAGACACGUAGCAUUAUGGAAUCUUCUGCUACCAUUGUCGUCUAGAUAUCAAGGAUUUUUAAUAAAACUAAACAAUUUAAAAUAACUAAAAUUCAGAUGUAUCUUUGUUUGUAUAUGUAAAUGUAUAAGUUGCAUUCAGAAUUUUUUUUAAAAAUAUCUUAAGUUAGCUACUACUUUUAAAAUACACUCAAUCAAAAAUACUCUAAAUUUAUCUUUAGGGUUUAGUGAUUAUUGUUUAGGAUUUAGGAUUUAGUAUUUAAAGGAUGAAAUGAGUUUCUCAACUUCUAUAAAUAUUUUCUAUAAAUAUUCAAUAAAUUAUUCUUAAACAUUAUGAAUGAUUUAGGAGAAUUAGUUUGAUAUUUUUAUCACAUAUUUAAAGUAUUUAUGAAAAUAUUACUAUAAUUUAAGGGUAAAUUUUAAAUCAUUUAUAUUUUAUUAUAAAGGAAAUAGUUUUGGAAAAUUUUACAUUUUUGGAAACAGUAAACUGAGAAGAUGAUUUCUCAUAUUUUGAUUGAUGAUUUUAAAUCUACCUAGAUAUGGCUUAUAGUUUCAAUUUUUAUAGUACAGAUUUACCUUAUUUUGUAUAAAUAUAUAUUUUAUUAUAUAUAUAUAUAUAUAUUGGAAGUUUUGACAUUUUGAAAAUAAUGAUUGGGUUUAUUAUGAUUGAUAGUUUUAAAUCCUAUGUGUAGAUCCUCGAUGGAUUAUCGCCUCAAUUUUUAUAUUAUAGUGUAUUUGUGAUUUUAAAUAAAAAUCAUUCUUUGUUAAAAUAUAGUUAUUAAUUUUAUGUUAAUUUUCAAAAAUAGUAUGUAUCUUAAUUUUAUUCCUUUCUGAUGUUUUACUUUGUUAGUUUGCCUUAUUUUGUAUAAUACUUAUUUUAUUUUUCGAAAAAUAUUUUGUAAGUUUUGACACUUUGAAAACAACAAUUAGUGGUUUAAGUCCUAUUAUUUAUAUAGCCUCAAUUUUCAUAUAGUAUAAACUAGUUUUCUAUAUUUUCGCUACGCGCGAAUCAGUUUUUAUCAUUUAGUUUAUGUUUCUAAUAACUUUAAAAUUCUCAAAUAUUAAAUUAAUUUUAUAUUUAAAUGUAUUUAAAAUAUAAUUUUAUUUUUCUAUUUAUGUAACUGUUUGUUGACAAUAAGUCUCCCAAAUAAAAUGGAUUAUCUUACUAGUUUUGUUUUAAAUAAAACAUUUGUAAAUGUCUUUAAAGUCAAAGAAAUAACUGGCUCGGUAAAAAGAAAAGAAGUGAAACCAGUCAAUUUUUCAAUAUUUUUUGAAAAAAGUAUAACAUAUAAUAAAUUUAGAUUAUUAUUUAUGGCCUGUACAACUAAUUUAGAAAUAAAAAUAAAAUUUAUAUUAAAUUUCACAUUAAUUUCUUUUUAUUCUUAUUUGUUUAGCAAUAUUGUUAUCAAACACAUACACACACAUAUAUAUAUAUAUAUAUAUAUACAUCAUACAUUCUAAUUUAAUAUAUACAAUAUUUCCAUGGUUUAACAUACUUUGAAAUAUAAGUUUAUUAAUCUCUUUGACUUUCUUUCCAGAAAAUUGACAUGUAUAUAAAGUCAAUUCUUUUUAGAAAAAAUGAUUGUUACCUAUAUGAACUAUACAUCACUUCGUGGUUACAAAUCUAGACAAAUAUAAUGUAUCAAAAACUAAAUAAAUUAUAUGAUUCACAUGAAAACAUCUAUGAACUAGUAUGUACCAUGUUACUAACACCAUAAACAUCACUCCGAUAUAUACAAUCUGUGUUGAAGUUAAAAACUAUCGACAUAUUAUGAGAAGUUCGUCAACCAAACUCUUACAAACAAACUAUAAUAUAUGUGCAAAAGAUUCCAAAAUAAUACAUAAAUCAACCAUUGAAAUAUAAUUUUACAUAACUUAAACAUCUGGAAAUAUGUCAAAACAUUAUUAGAAUUUAUUGUAUUCCAUAUUAUCCUAUGUCUGUUUACAUUAUUUGAUAAUAAUUUCUUUUUUCCUUUCAAAAUAUUGUUUUGGAAAUAUUGAUACUUUUAAAGUCAUUGUAGAUUUUUAAUACUAUGUAGCUUUAAUUUUAAAAUAAAUGUGUAUAUUUUUUUAUAGAUUUAAUUUCAAAAUUUUAAAUCUUUUAUGAAAAUUAUUAUUUACUUUGAUGUUAAAUUUCCGUAUUAAUAUAUAUAUAUAUAUCAAAAUAAUUCUCUUCUAAUGGGGAAGGGGGGGGGGGGGGGGGGGUGGUUACUUUAAUUUAGUUUAAAUGGAAUCCUAUUUUAUUUUCAAACUAAUUAUUUUCCUAAAAAAAUUGACAUUUUAGAAAACUAUAUAAAAAAAUUAUAAUGAUUUGAUAGGUUUUGAAUGGUAGUUAUCGGUGGCAGACGUAGUAAGCGACUUACGGGGGUAAGUGCCCCAUCUAAUUCUUCAUUUUUUUUAUGGUUAAUCAAUGAAAGUGGCCCCUAAUUAAUUAUAAAACAUAGUGAAAAAUGUUGUGUGUCCCCGGUUAAAUCUAGUUCUAAAUUAGCCCUAUCGUAGUUUUAAAUCUUAUGUGAAAAUUUUAAAUGGUUUAUUUAACUAAAUUAUUAGAUAUAUGCCUUUAUACUCUUCAAUAUAUAUAUAUAUAUAUAUAUAUAUAUAUAUAUAUAUAUAUAUAUAUAUAUAUAUUAAUUUUAUGCUAAUUUUCAACAAUUUAGUAUCUAUAUCAAACAUAUUAAUUUUAAUGAUUAAUUUUUAUUAAUUUAUUUUAUUUUUUAUUAUUUUCAUCUAAAUUAAAUAAAUUUGUUCUAGAAAAUUUUAUAUUUUUAAAAGCAUUAAGGUAAAUUAACAACUUAUAUCUGUUUUAAUUGAUAAUUUAAAUUAUGUUGAGCACUCUUUAAAAUUUAUAGCCCCAACAUAUAUUUUAACGCCAUAACAACUGAUCCUUAUUGAGUAUGAUUUUGUGGCGAGUAAUAACAAUUAAUAAAUUUAGAUGUCACUUCUCUUUAAAGAUAUCAACAUAUGAAAUAUUUUCAUAGGUUAAAUAAUUUUAUCCUCAAUUAGUAAAAUCGAUGUGAAUAUAAAUCUUAAUAUUUAUUUCUAAUAAGCAUUCACAUGUUAUUAUAAUAUUAUAUUAAUAUUCAUGUUUUAUAGAAAAAAUAAUAGUCCAUCUCGUCCACACAUGGAUAUAUUUUAGUUAUUCUUCGUUAUUAUUUAUUUUUGAGAUUAAUUUUCUAAUCAUAUUAUAAAAUUUAGAAAAUUAUUUAUAUUCACACCCAAUAUAUUAUAUAUUUUAAAGGUUUUUUAUACAUUAAGUGACUUUUUAUUAUAUGUUUUUAAUAAUUUAACUAUUUUGCAUUAAUUUACCAUUUUAUUUUGGUAUAAAAUGUAUUUUGGAUCUAUUAUACAUUAGAAGACGUAAUUUAUUUUGUUAGUAUCACUAUUUUUGAUUUUCUAUUUACCAUAACAGUUACCAUGUGUUAAGUAAUUUAUCAAAUGUUAAUACUAAUUUUUGUUUUAUUUUAAAAGAUACUUUCUGUAAAUAUUUAAUUUUGAUAAUAAAUUAAGAUAAACAGUCAUGUUUUGAUUAGUUAUUUUAAAUUUUAUGUGAACACUCUCAAUAAUCCACACUACAUGCAAACUCAUCAAUCAAAAUGUAAAUAAUUUUGGUAAGGAUUAAACAAUCAUUUUAAUCUUAAAUAUUUGCAUAAAACAAUCAUGUAUUCCAUCAAGAUAUUUCACAACUUGUCUCACUAACUAUAUAUUAAACAAUAUUCUUACUGUAUAAAACAUUACGUUUCUCCCUCUUCGUUUACCCAAUCUGGUUUGUUGAUCAAUGUUUAAAUCUGUUUUGUUGAUUUAUCAAAUUUUCUUUCAUCAGUCCAAAAAUAUUGCCAUAUUUAUUUACACAACAUGAUCCUAAGAGAUUCAGGAUCACCGUAAACCAUUGAAGAAUCAUAAUUUAUCGGUGGGAUAUCUCUGCCAUUAUAUCUGCUUAUGCUUUAGGGUAAAUACAACUUAAGUUUUUCAAUGUUUGUGUAACUGUUACCAGGGCCGGCUUAUUAGGGAGACAAGCGGUGCGACUGCCCCGGGUCCAAGUCUGUGUCCCCGUAAACCGUAUAAUAAUACUUAAGCGGUCCAAUUUUUUAUAAAUUUAAAAUUUUAUAUAUAUAAAAAAUUAUAAAUAUAAUAAAUAAAACUGAAAAGGCCCAAAAUUAUUUGUAUUUAAUUACUAAAUCAUCUGAAUUGCAUAAAAAUGUGAACCACAGUAUUAAAUUGUAAUCUAAAAAGUAUGAUCAAUCUAUCUAAGGAAAAUAGCAUUAUUAAAUAUCAAAUGUGAAUUUAACAUUUAAAAAACUUUAACUAAGAAAAGAGUGAAUAGCAUAAUUUUUUUUUAAUUAACCUAUGGGAUCCCGAAUCUAUGAAAAUAUACAUAUUAAUUCUCAAGUAAAGGUGCAGUCCACAUAUUAAUCAUUUUUCUGAUAUACGAAAAGCAAUAAAUAUGUAUCCGUAUGCCCAUACGAUAUAGUGUACUGAGGUGCCUUUAAACCAAGUUACUUAACAAUCCAAAGCUCGUCAACGUUAAAUAAUAGAAAGUUGUGUGUUUAUGGUAUACUAAAUUGAUAUGGCGAUAUCAAAAUACAAAAGCUUUUCGUAAUGAAAAUUUUCCUUUUUCUUCAAAUGAAAUUUUGGAAAUGCAGUAAUUAAUUUAGUGGUUUCUAUUUUAUUUAUUAUUAACUUAGCUUCUCCUGUUUUAUUUUGAAAAGCAAUUUUUUGAAAAUACUGACAGUUUUAAACAUAAUAAUUUUAAAUAACUGUUUGUUAUAUUUUGAUUGGUGGUUUAAAAAUCAUAAAAAUUCUCAAUGGUUUAUAAUUUCAAUUUUUAUAAAGUAUAGACUGGUUGUAUCAAAUACAUAAUUAGUCCAUGGUUAUGGAUCAGAAAGAGUUGUCACUGAUAAAAUAGACUAAUAGGAGAUUUCAAAAGAAAUAGAGACUAUGUGCAGAGCAUAACAUAUGGAAAGAAGAAAGAGAAAUUAAAAAAGUGAUUAACCCCUUUUUCAAAAAAAAAAUAAGAAAGUGAUGAAGAUUAAAAUAAACUAAAAUAAAUUUUGGAUAUACCCUUAAGAUGCAAGAGACUAAGCUUCUCCGAUCUCCUCUAUAAAUUCCCGACGUCUGUAAAACCACAACCACAACCACUUUUCCCUACCUCUCUCUAUCAAAUACUUUUUUCUCCUUUUGCCUCGUCCUUCUCCUUCGCCAACGUUAACACAACGUAACGGUAAGAUUAAUUACAAGUUAAUUGUAUCUUCAUUUAGAAAAAAAGUGUAUUGUAUCUUCAUCCAAAUUUCGCACACACUUAAAAGUAUUUUAUUAUGUAUAUUUUAAUAGUCUUACAUUAC